UGCACCGCCUCGGCCUUGGUGGCCUCAAUGGCCUCGAUGGCCUCGCAGCGGAGGGCGUCACCUCAAGUGGCCCGCUGCGAUGUUCGAGGCACUGGAGAUCUGCUGAGAACAAGCAGAACCUUCACCUUCCUGAACUUACUGGACAGAAGAGCUCAGAAUCUGGAGUUUGCUAGUGGACUGGACUUGCUGAAAAACGGCGAGUCUGUGGCCUCGGCUGCUCAGCAGCUGUUGAACUUUGCUGAUUUGGCACAGGCUAUGCUGGAAGCUGAAUCUGCUGGGAGCCUCCAACACCUGGAUCUUCCAGAGCAACUGGGCCGCUGCGCAGCAAGUCUCUGGGACCGCUUUGUGGAGGCGGCCCAAAUCAACGGAGGAGUUCCAGAAACUUGGGCAUCCAUUGCUCGGAAUCUCCUGGCCAACGACUACGCCUUUGCGCUGUUCAGUUGUGCUGAAGCGAAGAUCGUACAGCAACAGCUGAGUAAGCUGCACAUUGAAAUGAUCAUCGAUCCGAUGGCUGGUAGUGGUUUGCAUGGCCGGCUGCUGGCGCAGGAAGGCUUGCAGGUGCACUGCAUGGAUGCCAUGCCGGGUGGAGCAGGAGGCAUUUGCUGGUAUCCUGUGCAGAGACAUUACUUGAGUCACUGCAACAACGAGAUGAUUCCUCCUGGGAGAUGCGCGUUGUUCAUGAGCUGGCCUCCACGGAGCGAAGCCGCUCAAAUGGCCUUGCGCAGCUUUGGCUGUGAUGUCUUGGUUCUUGUGGCUGAUGAGGGCUCCUGGCAUGGCAGCCAGUCCUUCCACCAGGAGUUGCAGGAUCACUGGGAGGAGAUCUUGCGGCAACCCAUCUUGUGCUGGCCGCGGCAAGGAGACACGCUGCGGAUUCUGCGGAAAAAGGGCGCACUGAUUCGUCUCAAAUCUUGCAACCCUAGAGUCCUAGAGAAACACGUCGAGGUCUUCGAGGCUUUGCCAGCCAUCUCCGCUGCAGCGGCUGCCGCGGCUUUUGAUGCAGCAGGCCUUUCCCCCGACUUCCUGCAGAACUUGCUUCAAGAACAGCAACGCGACACGGUGCCGGAGGCAUCGCCUUUGCCGUCGCUCAAGCCCACAGGUCAAGGCCAAAGCAGCGGCUCUCCGUUGGUGAUCUCCGUGGCGGAUGCUUUGGCACCGGCAAAGCCACGCGACACUCGCACCACGGUGAUGUUGCGGAACCUCCCGAACAACUACACGCGAUUGAUGGUCGUGAACUUACUGAAUCAGGAGGGCUUCAAGGGCAAGUUCGAUUUUUUGUAUCUUCCUAUCGAUUUUAGGUCUAAGGCUGGCCUGGGGUAUGCCUUUGUCAACCUCUGCGAUCCUUCCUUUGUGCAACAAUUUUGGAAGACUUUCGACGGCUUUACCAAAUGGGUUUUGCCCAGCUCCAAGGUCUGUCAGGUGAGCUGGAGUGGUCCUCACCAGGGACAAGCUGCACAUGUCGAACGCUAUCGGAGCAGCCCCAUCAUGCACAGCAGCGUGCCAGAUGAGUGCAAGUCCGGGGACCCAAUGCUAUGGCAGCUGUUAAAAGCUCAAAACAUGACUCAGGGAGACUCAGGGGUCCAAUGUCUCAUGAAACAGGAGGAUAUUUCAAAGAUAAACUUUUUCGUUUAA